AUGAACUACAUUUCCCAAAAUGCAAAUAUAGCCGGUCUGUCCCUGUUGGGUGUAAAGUGUCCCUUGAGCUGUGGAAGCAUGAGGAUGAGCUUUGGGUUAACUUUCAAAAGGACAGCAAAAGUCCGCUGGAGGGCAAACUUCAGCCAGCAGUGCUCACUCAGAUCCACUGGGUUAUUUGUGCCACCAAGUCCUCCUCUGGACACUGAGAAGGUCAAAGAGUUACAACGCUUCAUCACCCUUUCCAAGAGGCUCCUAGUAAUGACCGGGGCAGGAAUCUCCACUGAGUCAGGGAUCCCAGACUACAGGUCAGAAAAGGUGGGACUUUAUGCCCGCACAGACCGGAGGCCUAUCCAGCAUGGGGAUUUUGUACGGAGCGCUCCCGUCCGCCAGCGGUACUGGGCUAGAAACUUUGUGGGCUGGCCUCAGUUCUCCUCCCACCAGCCUAACCCUGCACACUGGGCUCUGAGCAACUGGGAGAGACUCGGAAAGCUGCACUGGUUGGUGACCCAAAACGUGGAUGCCUUGCAUACCAAGGCGGGGAGUCAGCGCCUAACAGAACUGCACGGAUGCAUGCACAGGGUCCUCUGCUUGGAUUGUGGGGAGCAGACUCCUCGUGGGGCGCUGCAGGAACGGUUCCAAGUCCUGAACCCCACCUGGAGUGCCGAGGCCCACGGCCUGGCUCCCGACGGCGAUGUCUUUCUCACCGAGGAGGAGGUACAGAGCUUCCAGGUCCCAUCCUGCUCUCGAUGUGGGGGCCCCCUGAAACCAGACGUCGUCUUCUUUGGGGACACAGUGAAGCCUGACAAGGUUGAUUUUGUGCACAAGAGGGUGAAUGAAGCCGACUCCCUCCUAGUGGUGGGAUCUUCCUUGCAGGUGUACUCGGGUUACAGGUUCAUCCUCACUGCCCGGGAGAAGAAGCUGCCCAUCGCGAUACUGAACAUUGGGCCCACACGGUCCGAUGACCUGGCAUCUCUGAAACUGGAUUCUCGUUGUGGAGAGUUGCUGCCUUUAAUAGACCCACGCUGACCACAGCCUGAUGUUCUGGAGCCGGAAACUGGGGCUUUCACUUGAAUUCUGCUGCUAAGGAUACCUAAGGAUUCAUCCCGGCUUCCUCUAUCGGACCGAGGCUUACCAACUGUAGCCUGCAGAGGGCGGCAAAGCAACAUCUCUCUGCAGGACCAUCUCUGAACCCAGCAGGUUUCAGAGCUCAGGAGUUAAAAUCUUCAGGCUAAUGAGAUUUACCCCAUAAAAUGGACUUGCAGUUUCUUUUGAUAGGAAAACUGCUUUUUAAAAAUCUCAUUAGGCAGAAGAAACAGCCCAGGAAAUAUGUAAACCAGAAUGACCUCCGGAGUGCUAACCUAGGGAUCUCACCAAUAUCCUGAGUAAGAGGGGGAAGGAAAUGACUUAAUUUCUAAUUCUAAAUGGUUAAAUAUAUCUAAGUGAAUCAUUUUUAUAUACUUUUUUUUUUCAAAAAAAUGAUGAGCAAUAAUAUGAAUUAAUUUUUUAC